AUGCUAAGUGCACUCUGGUCUCCAGACUACUAUAACAUGCUAAGUGCACUCUGGUCUCCAGACUACUAUAACAUGCUAAGUGCACUCUGGUCUCCAGACUAUUAUAACAUGCUAAGUGCACUCUGGUCUCCAGACUACUAUAACAUGCUAAGUGCACUCUGGUCUCCAGACUACUAUAACAUGCUAAGUGCACUCUGGUCUCCAGACUACUAUAACAUGCUAAGUGCACUCUGGUCUCCAGACUACUAUAACAUGCUAAGUGCACUCUGGUCUCCAGACUAUUAUAACAUGCUAAGUGCACUCUGGUCCCCAGACUACUAUAACAUGCUAAGUGCACUCUGGUCUCCAGACUACUAUAACAUGCUAAGUGCACUCUGGUCUCCAGACUACUAUAACAUGCUAAGUGCACUCUGGUCUCCAGACUACUAUAACAUGCUAAGUGCACUCUGGUCUCCAGACUACUAUAACAUGUUAAGUGCACUCUGGUCUCCGUUCUGCUUUUAG